AUGCUGGUUCUGGGUUUGCAAAAGGCCGCAGAACAAACUGCACGUCAGAAAUCUAUCAACUCGAUGGAAUCGGCUCCGCCGGGGGCAUCGACACCAGAUCAAAAACAGUUGUCCGAGGAUCGGAUUGCUACACCUCCACAAAACCAUGCCGUUGUUGAAACUGAUUCCCCUUCAGGUAUUAUGCGGGGCUUCUAUAGUCGAAAGAAGUCACAGCGGGUAUCAUUUGCUGAUCAUCCAGUCGUGUACACUUUUGGGCCCUCUCCAAAUUCGUCUAGAGAGUCCAGCGGAUCCGGUUCCCCUGUCGGUCGCUGUUCCGCUUCGGAUACGGCGACAGAAGGCUCAUCACCCACACUAAACAAGGAAUCUGAUUCACACCCACCUCUUUCUGCAGACUCAGGCGCCCCUAGUUCCCCAUCAUCUUCCUUGCCAGAAGCCCCGGCGGGACUGCAGCCACUCCAAUCAUGCAUCGAGCCUUCACAGCCUCUUCUGGACAAGUGA